AGGGCAAGCCCCAGCCCUCCGCGGGGCGCGAGCACAGCCGGGGUGCUCGAGCCACCAGCCCUCCAAAACCCUCCGCCGUCAGCGCUCCACAAAGGACGGACCAACUCACCACAGCAGUGAGCGGCCAGCAGUCCCUCCUCACACUGCUGGGAUGGAGAGUCGGCAGCACAACGCCACCAAGGAGCCUGAGAUCGAGCUGUUUGUGAAGGCUGGCCUGGAUGGAGAAAACAUCGGAAACUGCCCCUUCUGCCAGCGCCUCUUCAUGGUGCUGUGGCUCAAAGGGGUCAAGUUCAAUGUCACCACGGUGGACAUGACCAGGAAACCUGAAGAGUUGAAAGAUUUAGCGCCGGGCACCAACCCACCCUUCUUGCUGUUCAAUAAGGAGCUGAAAACAGACUUCAUUAAGAUCGAGGAGUUCCUGGAGCAGACCUUGGGCCCACCCACGUAUCCACACCUGAGCCCCAAGUACAAGGAGUCCUUUGACGUGGGGAGUGACAUCUUUGCCAAGUUCUCGGCGUACAUUAAGAACCCACGCAAGGAAGCAAAUAUUAAUUUUGAGAAGGCCCUGCUGCGAGAGUUUCAGCGGCUGGAUGUCUACCUAAACACUCCUCUCCCUGAGGAGAUUGACCAGGACAGCGUGGAGGACAUCACCGUCUCCAAGAGGAAAUUCCUGGAUGGAGACCACCUGACGCUGGCUGAUUGCAACCUCCUGCCCAAACUGCAUAUCAUCAAGAUUGCAGCCAAAAAGUACCGUGACUUUGAGAUCCCAGCGGACAUGACAGGCGUCUGGCGCUACCUCAACAACGCCUAUGCUUGCGAUGAGUUCAGCCACACGUGUCCUGCAGAUGAAGAGAUAGAGCACACCUACGCCAGCGUUGCCAGGAAGAUGACCUAACCCUGCUGCAGCAUGUGCCAGCAGCACUGCCCCUGGCCGAGCCCUCCAGCUCUGCAGUCCUGACACAACCAAAACCCAGCCGAAGGAGGGACUGGAGGGGAUUUACAGCAUCGCUACCCCCCACCUUUCAGAAAUAGCGCCUUGCUUCACAGCCCCCCGCCGCUCCCUCCUCCUCCUCCGCCGGCUGGCUGCAGCCCCCGUGUGCUGUCAGUGCUGACUGUGCGUACAGACUGGUCCCUGCAUGGCUGCAGUGGCAACUGCAUCCCUACUCCCUGAAAACAGGUCUCAUGGCCUGUGACCAUGCAUCAUGAGAAAAGCUGAGCGCUAGCUGUCUGCAGCAGCACUUCGGUGGAAGAGAUGAGAUCCCCCCCAAACGGCUGGGCAGUCCUACCCAGGACUACUCCAGCAGUCCUACUCCAUCCACUGCUGGAGCUACUCUGCUCUGCCAGCCCCGUGUGGUCCUAGCCAUCCCGUACGCUCAGGAAGAGGUGUCCCGUGAUCCCAGUGCAUCACGUGGGCUGGACCUGUUUGAAUUCACCCAGUCACCCUUCUGCAUAGCACCCUGCAGCCUGUGUUUGGGCAAGCCCUCUCUUCCACCAAGGCAUCCAGGCUCCGUCUACCGAAAGGCUCUGCCCCCAGUAGUUUACUGCAGUGACAAAUUGUUCUCACUGCUAGAGAGUUGUAACGUGUGUCUAACUCCCCAUUAGGACAUGGGGGCAGGAAGAUGCUGGGGAUGAUGCCUGGUGCGAAAGUACCAGGACCUGCUGUGGGAGGGAAGGAGGGGUGCGGGGACUUGCAAAGGGCUGAGGAUGGAGGGCUGAGGAUCAGGGCAUUCCCUCCUAUGUGUGCCAGCACCCAGGGCCAUGUGCUGCUGGCUGCAAGGUCCAGCCUGGCUCCUGUGAGCUAAGAAACCUCUCCCUGCCUUGCAGGACACUGCAGGAGGUGCAGCCAUGUGCAGCUCCAGCUCCACCACCCCCUCCCCGGUCCCUACCAACGCUUCAGGUGCCUGAGAGACGGAGGCAUGGGGUAGGGCAUCCAUCUGGUUUCCACACCCCAGUACCAGGCAGCCUAAGAAAGCAGGCAAAAGCUGCUUUGCAAAGCACUGUGUCUGUAGAAGAUAUGUGGGCAGGUUUGGUGCUCCCUGGCUCAGCGUUGUGCCUUCCCGUCCAGUGUUGCUGAUGCAAGAGGAGUCAAAGCCGCUCUGCACAGCCAUGACAUCCCAUCCUCCCCCAUCCGAUACCUUCAGCUCCCCCAAGGGCUCCUGCCAGUGCCUGUGAAUUCAGCCAGCUCUCCCCAGCCAGCCCUGCGGGCAAAAAAAUACUGUACAGUGAGCGUGGUGGGUUCUGCGGGGACACGGUGAUGGCAGACCCCCCCUCCAGCCCUC